GUUCACUGGACCCUUCAGCGCAUCUGCGGCCAACGCCAAGGGCGACCACACAGGGUCCAGCAUGUUCGGAAGCUGGCUCAGGGAUAACUGUAUCAUCGCCUACGGCAUCUUCCUCACAGAUCCGGAUGGCAGUGGCGGGACAGACGCGGUGGCGUGUCUCAAUUCCAUUGCGACCUUCCUGCUCACCUACCAGUCGCAUAAGAUGGAGCUUGUCAUCAACGGCCACAAGAACGUGAAGGGUGAUGAGCAGACGUGGAUGGACCGGCCGCACAUCCGCUUCAUCGGUGAGACCGGAAAGGAGGACACGAAGUGGUACAACCACAAGCAGAACGAUGCACUGGGCUACUUCCUUUGGGCGCGAACGCAGCUUGCGCUGGCCGGGAAGAUGCCUCUGACAGGGGACCACCUGAAGCUCUGCGCACAGCUCUUCGAUUUCCUCCGCGUGAUCGAGUGCUGGGAGGAUUUGGAUGCAGGGCAUUGGGAAGAGCACUCAGCGCAGCACGCCUCCUCUCUCGGUCCCGUGCUUGCUGCCGUCCGAAGCUUCAAGAAGGUCAUGGCGGCCAAUCCGGGAUGGAUAUUCCCUGGGAGGAGUGACACGCUAGAGGUUCUGGAGAAGAGCCUAGCUGCCUCCCUGAAACAGUGGUUCACCGUCAAACAGAAGCGCCUUUUCCAGCACUCACACCGUUUCCAUACGGAUCCCUUCUAA